GUCGAAGUUGUGAAUCCUGACAACACUCCGGCACCAGGUGUUGCUGUUGUGGUUGAACCAGGCAGUGUGACUGGCAUCACCGCAGAAAAUGGCAUCGCAAGGCUAACCAUCAAUACAGGAGGGAACCCACUACUACUGACGAUCACUGCAAAGACGAAUGUUCCUCGUAUUUCAUCGGAAAGACAAGCAUCAGCCACCAUGACAGCUCUCCCAUAUAUUACCCAAAGCAACAACUAUAUCCACAUAAGUGUGGAUUCAGCUGAUGUACGAUUAGGAAAUAACCUGAAAAUCAGCCUCAACCUCGAAAGGCAGGAAAGUCAUAACACUGACAUCACAUACCUGAUCAUGAGCAGAGGUCAGCUGGUGCAAAAAGGCAGAUACAACACAAGAGGUGAACGACUGAUCUCCCUGAUGGUUCUCAUUACCAAAGACAUGCUGCCAUCGUUCCGCAUCAUAGCCUAUUACCACACAAAUGGGAAUGAAGUGGUAUCAGACUCUGUUUGGGUGGAUGUAAAAGACUCCUGCAUGGGCUCGCUGAAGCUAGAACCAUUGAGAUCCGCUCCAUCCUAUGAGCCUGGCAUGAUGUUUGGUCUGAAGGUUACAGGAGACCCAGGGGCCAUGGUGGGACUGGUGGCAGUGGACAAAGGCGUCUAUGUCCUUAACAACAAGCACCGCCUCACACAGAAAAAGGUGUGGGACAUUGUAGAGACGUACGACACAGGUUGCACACCAGGUGGAGGGAAGGACGGUAUGAGUGUGUUCUUCGACGCUGGGCUGCUGUUUGAGUCCAAAACGGCUUCUGGGACUGCCUACAGACAAGAAUUGAAAUGUCCGGCACCGAGCAGGAGGAAACGAGCCACCACAUUCAUGGAUGUCAGAACCAGCUUACUGAGUAACUAUAAAGAAAAACUGCAACGGGACUGUUGUUUGGAUGGCAUGAGGGACACCCUCCUCUCUUACACCUGUGAAAGGCGUGUAGAGUACAUUGUUGAUGGUGAAGCCUGUGCAGCAGCCUUCCUGCACUGCUGCAAGGACAUGGAAAACCAGCGAGCUGACAGCAAGGUGGAGAGCCUUCAACUGGCUCGCAGUGAGGAGGAUGACGACAGUUACGCUGACAGCAAUGAAAUGACUUCUCGCACCAAGUUCCCUGAAAGUUGGCUGUGGUCAGAUAUCACACUUCCUAAUUGCACUGGACGAGACGAAUGUGAAACCACAUCAAUGACUAAAAAUGUUCCACUGCAAGACUCAAUCACCACCUGGCAGUUCACUGGCAUUAGUCUGUCAACUACUCACGGAAUCUGUGUUGGUGAUUCGUUAGAGGUGAUUGUCCAGAAGGAAUUCUUCAUUGAUCUCAGGCUGCCAUACUCUGCUGUCCGGGGAGAGCAGCUGGAAGUUAAGGCAAUCCUGCACAACUACAGAGACAAUCCUCGAACUGUGCGGGUUGAUCUGAUUGAGGAGGAUAAUGUGUGCAGUUCGGCUUCAAAGCGUGGAAAGUAUCGCCAGGAGGUCCGAAUUGGGGCUCAAACUACCCGAUCUGUGCCCUUCAUCAUCAUUCCCAUGAAAGAAGGAGAAUUCCACAUUGAGGUCAAAGCUGCUGUUAAAGGUUCAUCGAUUAAUGAUGGAAUUAUGAAGAUGCUGCGGGUGGUGCCUCAAGGUGUACUAGUAAAAGAUCCUAAGAUUAUAAUUCUAGACCCCUCUAAUAAAGGUGUAGAUGGUGAACAAGUAGUAAUUAUCAACAGUGGAAUUGCCAAAAAAGAUUUGGUUCCAAACGCACCAACAAGCACACAGAUCUCUGUGACAGGGAGAGAACAAAUGUCUGCCCUCGUGGAGAACGCUGUUAGCGGGAACUCUAUGGGUACUCUAAUCAAACAGCCCGGUGGCUGUGGAGAGCAGAACAUGAUCGGCAUGACCCUACCUCUCAUUGCAGCCACAUAUUUGGACAAAACCAACCAGUGGGAAGCUGUGGGCAUUGAGAAACGUAAUGAAGCCCUCCAACACAUCAAGACUGGCUACAACACACAGCUUAACUACCGGAAAACAGAUGGGUCUUUUGCUGUGUUUCCAAAUCACCCAAGUAGCUCCUGGUUGACAGCCUAUGUUGCCAAGGUGUUUGCCAUGGCACACAAUCUGGUGGCAGUGCAAAGUGCACACAUCUGUGAGGCCAUCACGUUUCUGAUUCUCAACGCACAGCAACCUGAUGGCUUAUUUAGAGAAGUUGGAAAGGUGUUCCAUGGAGAGAUGAUGGGUGAUGUGCGUGGCUCAGAUUCAGAUGCCUCCAUGACGGCCUUCUGCCUCAUUGCUAUGCAGGAGUCACGAACGCUAUGUGCUGCCAGUAUUAGUAGUCUACCCCGCAGUAUAGACAAAGCGGUGGCCUAUCUGGAAAGGCGUCUGCCCAGCCUAACCAACCCAUAUGCUGUUGCCAUGACAUCAUAUGCCAUGGCCAAUGAAAACAAAAUGAACCGCGAGAUCCUCUACAAGUUUGCUUCCCCAGAGUUGAACCACUGGUCGACACCUAAGGGAGGUAUCUACACACUGGAGGCUACGGCGUACGCUCUUCUCGCUCUGGUCAAGGCCAAGGCUUUUGAAGAUGCCAGACCUGUUGUGAGAUGGUUCAACAAACAGCAGAAAGUUGGCGGAGGCUAUGGAUCGACUCAGGCCACCAUUAUGGUGUACCAGGCAAUAUCAGAGUACUGGUCCAGUGCUAAAGAACCAGAGUACAAUCUGAACGUGGAUAUUUUGUUGCCGGGCAGGUUAACGCCUGAGAAGUACAACUUCAACAGGGAUAACCACUAUGCCACAAGGACAUCUAAAAUCAAUGAAAUAAACCAGAAUGUGACAGUGACUGCCAGGGGUUCAGGAGAAGCAACAGUGACAAUGGUGUCGCUGUACUACGCUCUGCCUGAACAAAAGGAAAGUGAUUGUCAGAAGUUUAACCUGUCAGUGCAGCUCAUCCCAGAAAAAUUUUAUGAGAACGAGAAGAUCUACAAGCUGAGGAUAGAAGUGUUGUAUAAGGACAAGGAAAGAGAUGCAGCAAUGUCAAUUUUGGAUAUUGGCUUGCUAACCGGCUUCACCGCUAACACAAAGGACUUGGACUCAUUGUCCACAGGACAUGGGCGCACCAUUGCAAAAUAUGAGAUGAACAAAGUCCUGUCAGAAAGAGGCUCACUCAUCCUCUACCUGGACAAGGUUUCUCACACACAACCAGAAGAAAUCAUUUUUAGGGUUCAUCAGACAAUGAAAGUGGGCGUCUUACAACCAGCGGCUGUAUCUGUCUAUGAAUACUAUGAGCAAACACAUUGUGUGCAGUUCUACCAUCCAGAGAGGAAAGGUGGACAGCUACUGCGGCUCUGCAGAGGUGAUGAGUGCACAUGUGCUGAAGAGAACUGCAGUAUGCAGAAGAAGGAGAAAAUCAGCAAUGAUCAGCGCAAAGAUAAGGCUUGUGAGAGUACACCAACCAGCAAAAUAGAUUUUGUGUACAAAAUGAAACUGGAAGUGUUUGAAGGUGGUUUGUCCACAGACAUUUACACAAUGCAUGUUCUGGCUGUCAUCAAAGAAGGAACGUUUGAUGUGGGUCCCCUGAAUAACCUUCGCACAUUCCUCAGUUAUCCGCACUGCAGGGAGUCUUUAGAUUUGGUUGUUGGCAAUACGUACCUUAUCAUGGGAACAUCAGAUGAUAUUCGCAGAGAUGAGGCACAUCAAACGUAUCAGUAUGUACUUGGAGAAAGUACCUGGAUCGAGUACUGGCCCACAGAAGCUGAGUGUAAAGCUGAUGAACAACCUACCUGUUUGGGCAUGGAGAAGAUGACCGACCAUGCCCUUGUAUGUCAGCAUUAGUGAAACUCAAGAAAAUUAAUUGUUUUUGGAAUUGUUUAUAUUUGGACAUUAUUCCCAUCUUGUACGACUUUCACUGCUAUAAGAUGUAUGGGCUUACAAUGUUGCAGUGUAUUGAUUACAAUUAAAUGAUCUCAAUCUCA